UCAUUUUGUUUCGAGCGUGUCGCGUCGAUCUCUUCAAGCCAGCUGUUCCUGUAUUUUUGGAAGCGGAAAAUCAGACAAGAUCUUAAAUAUCUGGCGCAAUCCUUUAUUUGUAUCUACGUUUAGAACCUAAAACUGUAUCAAAAUGUCACAUGGAUCACGAAUGCCACCCGAUAUUGAAGGGAUGACUUCACUGAAAGUGGACAAUUUAACAUAUCGUACAUCGCCUGAAGAGCUACGACGCUGCUUUGAAAGAUAUGGCGAUGUUGGCGAUAUUUACAUUCCACGCGACAAAUUCUCAAGAGAGAGCAGAGGAUUUGCCUUUGUACGAUAUCUCGACAAGAGGGAUGCUGAAGAUGCAAUGGAUUCGAUGGACGGUAACCUUUUUGAUGGCCGAAAAUUGAGGGUACAGAUGGCAAGAUACGGCCGACCUCACGAAUCGCGGGGAAGAUACGGAGGAGGCGGACGCCGAGACUACGGCGACCGUUUUGGUGGAAGAUAUGGUGGCAGAAGAAGGUCAAGAUCAAGAUCACGUGGAAGAUACAGGUCUCGUUCCCGAUCUCCACGCAGACGUAAACGCUCUUAUUCGCGCUCCCGCUCCCAUAGCCGAUCUCUCUCCAGGAGUCCUUCUCCUCGCAGGGGUCGCAGCAGGUCUCACAGCCGGUCCAGGUCCCCUCGCCACUCACACUCCAACUCUCCGCCGAUGAGACGUGAUAGGGACGAUUCUCGCUCCAGGUCUAGAUCACCUGAUGAAGAGGAGUAGACUAUCUUUGGCUCAUAGUGGAAGAAGACAUCCUUCGCUCUUUGAUGCCAAGAUAAAGGCGAUUGACUAUCUAGAAGAUCCUAAUGCAGUAUCUUCCAGAAUAGAUGCAGUUUAUGAAUGGUAAAUGUCUGUUUGGACUCAUGUUAUUUCAAUUUUUGAUCUGUAUGUUUGUAUUGAUAUUCUGCAGGUGUUAUGAUAAAAGUGGACCUACGUGUCAUCUGCUGUUUCCUCUUUCCUUACUUACAUUGCAUUAUCAUUUCACCCAUCUCCAGUCGUGCCUAGCCCUCAACUAAAUUUGUUUUCUUCCCGAGAUCAUGGAAAUAUCAUUUUCUUUCAGUCAGGGAUCUAUUUGAAAAUGUUUGAAUACUAAUUUUAUAACUAGCAUUAAAUAUAUGUAGGUAAACAAUACUGAAUUUAAUUAAGGGAAUUGCACCUUUUUUCUUUUUUCCUGUGGGGGUACUUGUUUCAUUAGACUUGACCCACUCACACUAGUGCAAGGUUAGUAUUAGAAUACUAACCUCGCACAAAGAAUGUGUUUGGCAGUGGAUUUCUAACUAGUGGGUCACGUGUGCUUCGACGCCACUUCUGGUGUCCACAACAUUCAACCUCUAUGGCUUGAUUUUUCUGUGCGCGGCGGCAUGUAAUGAACCCUUGAGUGGACUUGACCCUAGUUAAUGGUUGUAUGGAAGUGAUUUACAUACAUGUAUCUAAGUUUGAUGCUUGUGCUUAAAAUGCACCUACAACCAAAGUGUUUCCCAAAUUCAAGCUAGUAUGCACAUCAACAUACUGUAAUAAAAGUAAAGAAUAAAAAAAAUACAAUCAGAAAUUCCAUAAUUCAAGUUUUAUUCUUUUAGCGACAUUUCAAUAAUUAGUGAGCCUAAUAAGGUGAUCAUGGUAUGUUGGUUUCCAAGAGCACUUUUUUAGAAUUCUUUUAUUAAUGGCAACAGUAUUGUUGACACAUCAGUCCCUAGCAGAUAGAAUUGCACUGUGUGGCCUAAAUUGUAAACGCCAUUGUUUAUCAUUGAUUAUUAAAAUGAUCAUGUUGACUGCUGGGACGAGAUCUGAAACAAUAAAGGCAGGCACUGCAGCUUUGCCGUUACGUGAAUCCAAAGUGAUGUCUGAUGUGGCGAGACUAUAAACUGGUGCUGUGCAGCCAUUGCCUACAUCCAGUUGUCAUGCUCAUGCCUUGGUUGUAUUCUCAUCGGCCAUGAUUUGUGAGGAUUUUUUAACAAAAAAAGUACCAUGGUCCGACAACAGCUAAAGCAAGACAAGAUUUAACAGUAGGCAGUGGCUGCAGCCACUUUAUUCCCACUGCAGCAGACAUGCAUCAUUUACGUUUAGCGUAACAGGAAAGAUAUAAUUAGCUACAGCCUCCAACUAUCGUAGUCGAAGUUAUUACAGAUAAUGCAAAUCGAGAUGCUUGUUGCACUUGAUGGGUACUGCAGAAGAAGCACAUGUAUGUAGUUCAAUGAUCAGACAUUUGUAACAUAAAGUAAUGGGGGGCAAGCAUAGUAUUUUUCAAAGGAAAUACUUCGAAAUGAACAUUAAUUGUUGCAUGGCCAAUUUCAUUUGUCUGCUCUUUGCAUUUGUUAUCAACUUUUGAUGGUAUCUGUACAUGUUCAGUUUUUAAAAUGUUUCCUUUUAAUUCAGUGGUAACUACUGUAUGCAUGUAAAACAAAACAAAAAAUUUUAUAUCAAAUUGCAUGUUUUUGGCUUUUUGUGAAAUGUAUUACAGUAGUACAUGUACAGGGAAUAAUUUUCCUGGUAUCGCAUCAUUAUUUGCUGUACUUUUUUUAAAGACUGCUUCGCAUAAAGUCUUUUGUAUAGCAUAUUUUUACAUGUAGGACUGUACAUAGCUGAGUCUUGAGAGCUUUUCUCUUAUGACCAAAAAUGCUAUUCAAAUUUGUUAAGCAAAAUUAUUCCCUCAUGUACAUAAACUUUCUCAAGUGAUAACAUUGAUACAUUAUUUUAGAAUAGUGAUCUCAUUUUUGGAUGGCAUAAAGUAAAUUUAAAAAUAUGGCUGCCUACACUAUACCAUAGAUCACUAAGAUUUGUAUUGAAAGAAACCACAAACACUUUGAUUUAAUGUUCUUGAUUGUUUGAUUUAGACUUAAUGCAUAUAGCAGCUCUUGUGUUUAAUCCAUCUUGUAAAUAGUAAAAAAAAAACAUUGCAGCAGAGGGGCAAUAUUAACUUGUCUAGUCAUUAAAGUUUAAUGUGUAAUGGAUUGCUUACUGUAGUUACGGACUGUCCCUUGUGUGUCUUUGGGAGUCCAGGGAUGGGGGAAGAAGAGCCCCGUGUUGUGUACAAUCCUGCUUCACACUGUGUAAUAACAUUACUGGAUGUUGAUAGACAUAUCAUUGUAUGAUUUAUUAGGUACAGGUCAAGUGCAUGUUGAUACAAAGCUUUCUCUAACCAAUUGGACAUUUGAGGGCUACUUUCCAUCAUAAUUAUUGCAGGCCUUUUUAUGUGUUACCACUUUAUUAUAUUCAGUAUACUGUAGUGUCCACCUCUUUGCUUUAUUUACAUGUAGCUUGGGAGGGAUGGGGGUACCGUGGCAACUUAAAGACAAAUUUCCUUUUAUAGGAGUCCACAAAGGACUCGUUUCUUUUUUCUUUUAAAUUGAGAGCUUGAUAAAUAUGAAUUGCCCUUAAUUGUGUAUAUCCCUUGUGACUUUGUAGGAAAAUUAAAACAUGUUAUCCCAUUUUUUUAUGCUAA